ACUCGCUAGCCUUUUUUUUUAAAGAGUUUUUGGGACACUUGAGAAGGAUAGACGUCGGUCGACGAACACCUAUCGAUUAAGCGGAAUGAAACGCGUUAUUAUUUUGCAAUUGAACCGUCUAAAACAGACGUUUCAUUUACUGCACACUUGAGACUUUCGAAAAAACGAAUUUUACUCGCACAGAGACCUUUUAUUAUAUGCGGAGACGGUUGAAAGUUGCAACGCACUGAUUCCAAUAUCAGAUCGGCUGCAUCAGAGGAAUGCUUCCUGUGAGGAUGUUUAUACUAAGGAUUACAAUUAAUGCAUUGAUGGAUUCCACUAAAAUGCAUCUCUUGUUGAUAUCCAUACUUCUCGCAACAUUUACAUAUGCAGUAGCUGAUGUGAACCUUUCGGAGUCUGGAGAGAUUGAGGCUCUAGCUGAGGCCCAAAGUGGAGGUCUGCCAACUGUUCAAGGUGAUUACCUGGAAUUUUUGGAGUCUCCAAACAAUAUAACCAUAAUACAGGGCCAGACAGCUACGUUGCAUUGCAAAGUGGCAGGCCAUCCUCGGCCCAACAUCCGCUGGCUUAAAAAUGAUGCCCCAGUGGUGCAGGAGCCGGGCCGUGUCUCCAUCCGCAAAACAGAUGGCGGAUCAAAGCUCCGCAUUCAAGACCUGGACACCACUGACACCGGAUACUACCAGUGUGUGGCCUCCAAUUCAGCCAAAGUCAUCUCAUCUACCGGAGUACUCUACGUGCGACUAGGACAGUCCCCAGCCCAUGGUGCAGAUGAUGCAACACAUGAAAAGGGCUUCUGCCAGCCGUACCGAGGCAUCGCUUGCGCUCGCUUCAUUGGCAACAGAAGUAUUUAUGUGGAGUCUCUGCAGAUGCAGGGAGAAAGUGAAAACCGCAUCACUGCUGCCUUCACCAUGAUUGGCACCUCCACACAGCUCUCUGACCAGUGCUCCGAGUUUGCCAUUCCUUCCUUCUGCUAUUAUGUUUUCCCACUAUGUGAGGAGGGCACCAGAGGUCCACGGAAGCGCCAGCUCUGUCGGGAUGAGUGUGAGGCUUUGGAGAACGACUUGUGUCAUGCAGAGUAUACUAUUGCACGGUCCAACCCUCUCAUUUUAAUGCAGCUCGAACUGCCCGCAUGCAACCUGCUUCCCCACCCUGGCUCACCUGAAGCUGCCAGCUGCAUUCGCAUUGGCGUGCCACCUCAAUAUUCACCCCCAGAUCACAGGUGUUUCAAUGGAAGCGGCGCUAACUACAGGGGAACAGUCAGUGUCACAAAAUCCGGCUACCAGUGCCAACCCUGGAGUACACAAUAUCCACACAGUCAUCAUCUGACCCCUACUGAGUACCCUGAACUCAGAGGAGGACACAAUUUCUGCAGGAAUCCUGGAGGGCAAAUGGAGAGCCCUUGGUGUUACACUUUGGACCCUAAUGUUAGAGUGGAUGUCUGUGACAUUCAGCCUUGCAAGCCCCCAGAAAAAGUGAAGAAGGAGAUACUGUACAUUUUAAUUCCCAGCAUAGCCACCCCACUUGUUAUCGCCUGCCUAUUCUUCUUAGUGUGCAUGUGUCGAAAUAAACAAAAGGAGUCUGCUGACACGCCUACUCGCCGGCAACUCACCGCCUUGCCAAGCCAAGAAGUGGAACUACCCCUUUUAAAUCAGCACAAACAUCAGGCAAAGCUUAGAGAAAUUAAUCUGUCUGCUGUUCGAUUCAUGGAAGAACUUGGAGAAGACCGUUUUGGCAAAGUCUACAAAGGUCACCUCUACGGUACGGCCCCAGGUGAACAGACUCAGGUUGUGGCCAUAAAGACAGUGAAAGACAAAGAUGAGGGUUCACUGAAGGAGGAAUUCUGCCAUGAAGCCAUGCUCCGAUCCCGGCUACAGCACCCCAAUAUUGUCUGCCUUUUAGGUGUUAUAACUAAAGAACAGCCCAUGAGCAUGAUCUUCAGCUAUUCGGGCCACGGUGACCUUCACGAGUUUCUGGUCAUGCGAUCUCCACACUCGGAUGUGGGAAGUUCUGAUGAUGAUCGAACUGUAAAAUCCACCCUGGAACAAGCAGAUUUCCUACACAUUGUCACACAAAUAGCAGCUGGAAUGGAAUAUCUUUCCAGUCACCAUGUGGUGCACAAAGAUAUGGCAACGCGCAACAUCCUGGUCUGUGAUAAGCUUAAUGUAAAGAUCUUGGACCUUGGGCUGUUUAGAGAGGUCUACUCUGCGGACUACUACAAGUUGAUGGGCAGCAGUCCGUUCCCUAUUCGUUGGAUGUCCCCAGAAGCCAUAUCAUAUGGCAAGUUUUCCACAGACUCAGACAUUUGGUCCUACGGCGUGGUGCUGUGGGAAAUAUUUAGCUAUGGCCUUCAACCUUAUUGUGGCUAUUCUAACCAAGAUGUGAUGGAGAUGAUACGCAACAGACAAGUACUUUCCUGCCCAGAUGAUUGUCCCGCCUGGAUUUACACGCUUAUGUUGGAGUGCUGGAAUGAGUUCCCUGCAAGGAGGCCACGUUUCAAAGAUAUACAUGCACGUUUGCGUACCUGGGAGAGCUUGUCUAACUACAACAGCUCUGCGCAGACCUCAGGGGCAAGCAACACCACUCAGACCAGCUCCCUAAGCACAAGCCCUGUCAGUAACAUCAGUAACGCUCGCUACGUUAGUCCCAAAAAGUCAUCCCCCUUUCCUCAGCCUCAGUUUAUGCCCAUGAAGAGUCAGAUGAGGCCAAUUGUUCCACAGCAGCUCUACAUCCCUGUCAACGGCUACCAACCAGUACCGGCCUAUCAAUAUCUGCAAAACUUUUACCCUAUGCAGAUCCCCAUGCAGAUGCCUCCACAGCACUUGCACCCACAAAUGGUUGCCAAGGCUGGAUCACACCACAGUGGAAGCGGCUCCACCAGCACAGGCUAUGUCACCACAGCUCCUUCCAAUGGAUCAGGCACAGAAAAGGCAGCUUUAAUGCAUGAAGACCAAAAGGCGACCGAGGACGAUAUAGCUGAUGGGGCCUCUCAGCAUGGGCUGCACAAUGAGGACCUGUCUGUUCCUGAGACAGAGCUCCUGGGGGACAAUGACAGCCCACAGACAGAAGACGAUGAAGUCAACUUUGAAGUGUAGGCCACCUUAUGGAUCAAAUGAGAAAACGGUUCUGUGAAAUGCACAUUUUUGUCAGUUGUGCAUUUUUGAAAAGUGAAGGGAAACCAGUAAAUGACACAUGAACUAAAUGUAAUUUAUGUUAUUUUUUUACUCGUUUGAACACAUGAUGCUGUUGGACAGUGUAAACGGUCCUAGCUUCACCCAUGAGCUGCCGCUUUUUUAGUCUAUAAUAAGGAAUCAUGCUUUUAAAUCUUCAGCACAGUGGAACAGGACAGUGUAUACAUAUAUAUUAAAUCCUAAUAAGGUAAUGUAGCCUACUUUAAUAGUUGACAUUGUCAUUUUUUAUGAACACACUGCUUAAGGCAGAAUCUAAGCCUUUUUUUUUUUGCUUAAUCAUAUAUGCAGUUCAAAGCAAUAAUCCAUUAAUAAACUGACUCCUUGCUUGAGGAGAUUGUUAAUAAUGUGCAUUAUGAAACUGCACCAUGGACCACAGUAUGGAACUAUUAAAUAACAUUGAUGCAGACUCCAUA